CGAGACAGCCUCCGGGACCCACACGGGCCUACCUUUUCACAUUUACGUUGUGUAAAGACAUCGAAUGAAAGAGGAGGAGCGCCUGAUAAUUUCUUAUGCGACCGCGGGAUGUUGCGGACCGUAUGCGGACUGCGUGACGGGAGGAUACGGUGUCGAGGUUGAGCGGACGUUUUCACAGGUUGAUGAUCUGCAUUUGGCACUGAGCAGGGAAGCCAACAAAAGUAAAUACAUAGUGUCAGUCUUUAUAGGCUGUUCCUAGAAACACAGGCUCACAUUAAAAGGAGAAAUAGGCGGUGCCUGCUAAUUCCUGGAAAAAGACAUACCUCCGGCCAGAAUGACACAUUUAACGUCUGCAGGUUGGAGUUUAACCGCUGAAGUUGACGCUCAGACCUGGGCUACAUGCAGCGUGUAAGGCUUGUCUGUCAGUAAAGGACCGUCUGUCUUACACAUUUUGACAGAUAGCCAAUCAAAUUUGUUUCUCAAAUCGGUGCUCUUAUGUCAGUGACCUAUAUCUCAUGCAUGUGCGCCAAGAACCCACAGUAACCUCACCACCGGACCAGACUGCAUGGGGAUCAACGGGGUAGAUAAUCAACCACAGCCGUCCAGCGGAGCCUGCCGGACGGAGCAGCCGGCUGCAGAUCCCCAGAUGGAGCAGAGAGAUGCUCCCCAUGAAGCAGUGAGGAGCAAGGAUGAUCAGGCGGCGGGCAGCGAGAGCAAAAUCGUGCAGGAGGACAGCACCGUGCAGCUGAUCGAGGCCGGGUGCAAGCCGCCCUCUGAUUCCGAGGCGGGGGUUCAGGUGAAGCAGCACGGCGACGGUGCCGGAUUCGUCCCACCCGAAGGAGGUUUCGGCUGGCUGGUGGUUCUCGCUGCAACCUGGUGCAAUGGGUCGAUCUUCGGGAUUCAAAACUCUUUCGGCAUCCUGCAUUUGAUGCUUGCACAGGAGCAUGCAGAUCCAAGAGACAAGACGACUCAGUUCAAAGUGGCCUGGGUCGGGGCCCUGGCCAUGGGCAUGAUCUUCCUUUGUUCACCUGUGGUCAGCAUGUUCACCGACCGUUUUGGCUGUAGGAAGACGGCUGUCAGCGGGGCGUUGCUGGCUUUUAUAGGGUUGCUCAGUACAUCCUUUGCAAACUCCCUAGGCCUUCGUUAUUUCACAUAUGGCAUAUUGUUCGGCUGUGGCUCUUCCUUCGCCUUCCAGCCCUCAUUGGUCAUCCUCGGCCACUACUUCCGCCAGCGCCUUGGCCUGGCCAAUGGCUUGGUCACAGCCGGUGCCAGCCUAUUCUCUAUGGGCCUCCCGGUUUUGCUCGACAAGGUGGUGGAACCUCUGGGCCUCAGCAGGACCUUUCAGAUCCUAAGCCUCUUCAUGCUGGUCCAGGCUCUGCUGGCGUUGACGUUCAAACCUUUACUGCCUGCUGGAGGAGGCAUGGGACCACCGGGUAUGGGUCCUGACCCUACUGGACCUCAAACCCAGUCGGGAGCUACCGAUCAGGGUGGGAGCAGGUGGAGUAGAGUUCUGGUUGGGCUCAGGAAAUACUUCAACCUGCGUGUGUUUCACAAUGUGACAUACCGGGUGUGGGCGUUUGGAGUAGCUACAGCUGUAUUGGGCUACUUUGUGCCAUAUAUCCAUCUGAUAAACUUUGUGAAGACAAAGUUCAAGGACACCCAGAAGGAAUGGGUGCUCCUGGUGUGCAUAGGAGCUUCAUCCGGGGUGGGACGCCUUGCUUUUGGCAAGAUUGGUGACCUCAUUCCUGGUCUUCAAAAGGUCUACAUGCAGGUGGUGUCCUUCAUGGCUCUGGGCCUGAUGUCCAUCAUGAUUCCUCAGUGCUCGGUGUUCGAGGGGCUGGUGGUUGUGUGUGUGUUCCUGGGGCUGUGUGACGGCUGCUUCCUCACCAUAAUGGCUCCCAUAGCGUUCGAGCUAGUUGGGCCCAUGCAAGCCUCACAGGCCAUAGGCUACCUUCUAGGCCUCAUGGCUCUUCCCAUGACAGCAGGUCCCCCCAUCGCUGGUCUCCUACAUGAUUACUUUGGGAACUACACAGUGGCCUUCUCCCUGGCUGGGGUGCCUCCUAUCGUGGGGGGCGUGGUGCUCUUCUUUGUGCCCCUGAUACACUCCCGGCUCCAGCGAGGCCAGGCAGCAGCUUCACCGGAUGACACAUCCACGACUGCCCACAUGUUGCCCUCUGCGCCACUAGCGGAGGAGCCCAAGAGCUGCUCCAAUGGAGACAUCCUGCCUGGCUACACUGACGUAGAGACACACAUCUGAGUCGCACCGUACAAAGGGAUUCAGCCCACCAGCACCUUUUCUCAUCCUUAGAUUGCCCUCCUCCCAACCAGAGCUCUCUUGUUGGCUGACCUUUAGCCCCUCCUGGCCCUCAUUGGCUGUUUGUUAUUUUCUUGUGGAGAGAAGUCGAAUAGGGCACUCUGGCUGCAAGCCGCAGAGAGGACAAAAAGCAGGCACAUCGGGAUAGGAUGAUGGAAAUGUUUAAGGAGGAUAAGCACAACACAGUCUCAACUAGGAUUGUUUUCAUCAGUGGGGACUCUGUAGUAACACAUACCUCCAAGAGAGAAGAAAUUAAGAGAUUUUAAUGGGAUUUUCUGAUUUCACAGCAUUAAUGACUAUAAAUAUACAUUCAUAUUUAUACUUAUAGUCAUAAAUAUAGUCAUAUCUAUGACUAAAAAUGACUAUGCUUUGUUUAUAGAUUCCAUAUAAACACAUUGUUAAGAUAAAGAGGCAUAUAGAAUAAGAACUAGUUAAGGGAUGAAUUCAUAGAUUUCUUUAUGUAGUACCUCAUGCAUCUUAUUUUUUUCAACACAUUGCAUUUUACUUAGUUUGUGUAGCGGAAACACAAGCUCAUUUUGAGAGAUUUGCAGGUUUGCUUUAAUCUAUUCUACAGUUUUCUGCUGUGACAGCUACAAGAGAAACACACGGAUCUGUUGUAAAUGUCACUGGAGAGAGAUCAGCCACCAGACGCAAUCACCUCAACUCAACCGCACACUGUACCACACUGCACUCACAGCCAGGGUCUAAAACCUUAGCGAAAUGACUUCAGCUACUCUACCAGCCUGCCUGCAUGGGAGACAGAUGUGUGAUUGUGGCAGCUGUUGAUUCCACUGAUUAACAAUGCCGUGAACCCGAGAGUGUUCGAUUUUUUUUCUUCACAGUUUUAAUAUAGGUCAGUGACUUUGCAUCAUGUGGCAGGUUAACUUAUGCAGUCAAAGUUUAAAGAGGUGAGCAGAGAGAGUUGUGCAUCUCCUGCCCGAAUCACCGAAACUAAUCUCUACAGUUGAUGCAAGGUCCUCACAUGAGUCAGCCUUAACUUUCAGCUUUUUUUUUUUCCAAGAAUUGAAUUCUAUAGUUUUUAUUGUCCUUUUAAAGUUUUAGCAGGGUGCUGAACAAAUCUGCAUAAACUCUUUGUUAUGACUUUGAGAAAUAAUUCACCAAUAGUUUUGUGGUGUGCACACCGUAUACCUGUUUAAGUGGAAAGAGAAAGAGAGAGAGAGAGUCACGGCUAUUGGGAGCAUAGAUUUUUCUCAUAUUAUCAAAAGUUAAGUUUUCCUCUGUGUGGAUGUGUGUGUGUGUGUGUGUGUGUGUGUGUGCGUGUG